AUGGUACCUACGAAAUCAGGAGUCUUAAAUAGAUUGAAGAAAAUGGCUUAUAAACCACACCAUUCACCUGAACGAUCGUCAAGCUUUUCUCCAUCUUAUAUUUGCAAGCCUCAACUCAAUAGUAAAGGGGUUGUGUUUCAUGAAAUACCAACACCAGUAUCUAUAGCUUCGAAGAAAAGGCUUUCUAAAUACAUGACUAAACGCAUUUCGAAGAAACAAAAGAAGCAGAGGAAGUUGAUUCUCAAUGAAGACUCCAUGGAAGAUGAGGUAGUUCCUGCAUCUCCACUUGGACGUGAUAAAACAGGAAAUUAUUCACUUGUGAGGGAUUCUCCAGUCAAGUCGAAUCUUGAGGCGACUGUCAAUCUUGAUGGAAAUGUGGAAGCUUCUAAAUUUAACACAACCAUCACUCACGGUGAACAACCAAAGAUAUAUACUCCUAAGCAGACAAUGGUCAAACCACUCGGAGUAUCGACUACCGAAUCAAUUAUUGAGGAGGUUCGCACUUCAGGCAUCACUGCGAACAUAUCUAAUAUGGAUGCAAAUUUCAACAAGGGUGAUGGAGUAUUGAAUAAUGAAGCCCAAGGUAAUCCUUCUCUUAUUGUUUCUACUACUUUCGAAACCUCUGUUGUUGAUACCACAAUCUCUUUACCUAGAUUUCUUAUUCCCACUUCAUCCGAAAUACCUACAUCAACCCAUUCACCUACUUUCGAUAAUGUCAUGCAACAACCCAUUACUUCUUUAUUCCCAUCCCAAUCCACCAAAACUCUAAAAACCGGUCAUGAUGAUGAAACAGAUGAUGGUGAGUUCAUGGUGUCAUUUGCCAAUAUCGAAUUUGAUUUUGAAGAAGAAAAUACACCAGAUCACAUGUUGAUGUCCGACAAGUAG